AUGCGGUUGCUCUAUGGAAACGGUCUGCGUGCCGAAAUUUGGCAACCGUUUGUCGAUCGAUUUCAUGUGAAAAUCGGAGAGGUGUACGGAUCCACUGAAGGCACUUCGAACCUAGUGAACAUUGAUGGUCAUGUGGGUGCAUGUGGGUUUUUGCCGAUCUCACCUCUUACUAAGAAAAUGCAUCCGGUGCGUUUGAUUCGAGUCGACGAUCGAACAGGAGAAGUUGUCCGAUCGGAAUCCGGGCUUUGCAUUGCGUGCAAUCCAGGUGAGAGUGGAGCGAUGGUUUCUACGAUUCGAAAAAACAACCCGUUGUUGCAAUUCGAAGGGUACCUAAACAAGUCGGAAACAAAUAAGAAGAUCAUUAGGGAUGUAUUCACUAAAGGAGACAGCUGCUUCGUGUCUGGUGACUUAUUGUACUGGGAUCGUCUCGGUUAUGUUUACUUCAAAGACCGAACUGGUGACACAUUUCGAUGGAAGGGCGAGAAUGUGAGCACAACAGAAGUGGAGGCGAUUUUGCAUCCAGAGAAGGGUGUCGCUGAUGCAACUGUUUACGGAGUCACAGUACCACGUCGAGAAGGUCGUGCAGGAAUGGCAGCAAUUGUUCGGACGAGUGACAGUAAUGCUACAAGUGACGACGAAUUCAUUGAGAGAAUUGGAAGCCGUUUAGCAGCCAGCUUAGCACCAUACGCAUUGCCACAGUUCAUUCGCCUUUGCCAGGAUGUUGAUCGGACAGGGACGUUCAAAUUGGUUAAAACGAAUCUGCAAAAACUCGGCUACAAGUUAGACAUACCGGACAAUAAAGUGUACAUUUACAACACCAAACUACAAUGUUAUGAACGUUUAACCGAGGACAGCGUCAGCAAAUUACAGCUCGGAAUGUACCCACUGUAG